CCUGCCGAGGAAGCUGUUUCAAUGGCCCACAUUUUGGACUUUGAGGUUCGAUGCUACGGAAUUACCACCCGCGACAUCCGGAGCCUUGCCUUCCAGCUGGCCGAACGCAACGGGAAAGCACAUGUUUUCAAUACGAAGACACAGCUGGCUGGUUGGGAUUGGCUUCACGGUUUUCGGAAGCGUCAUCCCAAACUCUCACUCCGUACUCCUGAGGCUACCUCAGCUGCAAUGUUGCAAGCAUUCAACAAGAUAGCGGUCGACAACUUCUUCGAUGUACUGCAUCGUGAAAUGGACGAUGUACUCAUUUUGUAUUCUUAGGUGCAAACGAAACGUUCGAAAGUGUUUGCCUUGAAAGGCCGACGACAGGCAGGAGCUGUGACAUCGGCGGAAUGAGGGCUACUUUCCACUGCAAGCAUUUGCAUGUCAGCAACGGAACAAAUACUGCCACCUAUGAUGAAAUUCUCUAGGGCCCGUUUGACUAACAGUCUUAUGGAUGGUGCUCCACCAGACACGGUAUUUGUCUGCAACUCUUCCGGUUGGAUGACUGUGAAAGAAUUCAACACCUGGUUCGAGCAUUUUCUAAAGCACACGCGUCCAACAGCUGAUAACCCGGUUCUUUUGAUUUUGGACGGUCAUUCUUCGCAUACGAAGAACCUUGGCUUUAUUGAAAGAGCGCGUGAGUGCCGUGUGACAGUCGUGUGCUUGCCCCCCCAUUGCAACCACAAACUACAGCCUCUCGACAUAAGCUACAUGGGGCCUCUCAAGACGGCUUUCUCGAAGGAAGUGGAGAGUUUCCUCAAAUGCAAUCCUGGUAUGGUUGUCACCCUGAACGAAAUCAGCCGGCUUUUCGGUUCGGCUUUCAUAAAGACUUCUAACGCGGCUAUUGGUGUAAACGGAUUCCGUAAGGCAGGAAUUUUUCCGCUGAACCGGUUUAUCUUCAACGAUAAUGAUUUUGCGCCGGCUGACGUAACGGACGUUCUUCCAGCAGACCCAGAAACCGAUCGUUCAAACAAUGAACUUGGUGACGAAGCUCUUGAAUCCAACGCAGCCGAUACUGAAGCAGGACCUUCGCGAAUGCACAAUGAGGUAGGAGAUAUCAACGAUUCACUGUCAAACGAAAAGGAAAAUAUCGCUCCAAAAGGGAUUGUAAAAGUGGAUGCUAACAACAUGCUGACUCCGAAAGCUACUUUGGCGCCGUUGGAUUCGAAUGUUCCAGCCGGUUUGUCUGUCCGAAGUAUCUUCAAAGUGUCUCCUGCGGAAAUCCUACCGCAACCGAAAACAGUUACCAGGAAAGUUGGCGGUGGACGAAAGAGGGAGAAAGCUCGAAACAUAACCUCAAGCCCCAGUCGAAAUGAGUUGAAGUCAUCGCAGGCAUUGAAGGAUAUUGAUCAGCUAAAGAAGGCGAUCAAAGCUGAAACAAGACACAUUUCUAACAGUGAUGCCCAAACACCCAAACGCAAACGAGGACGUCCGAAAGGAAAGAGCAAUCAAACUAAAACGAAGUAUGUGGCUGUUGUUUCAGUUCUUCUGACAAAGGACAGGAUUGGAUCAAAUCUUGAAUGUUUUGGUUUGCAAUCAAUACGAUACGAUACGAUUACGGUGCUGUACGAAAAGUUCAUCUUUUCCCUGACUAGCAAGAAGAAGAUCGACUUCUUGAAGCAUAUCGGAAAAUGCCCUCCUCAGGACGGUGAGGAGGGCAUUCCGUCGGUGAAACUGUUGGUUUGGGAUAAUAACGACAAAGGCAAAACGUUGGGCGUCUUCUCCAAGGGCAGCUUUCCGGGUGAAUUCUGUGAAUCGUGGCGAGCCUUCAUCAAGGACAAGAGCUUCGACACGGUGGACAUCAGCGUCCCAAUCGGGUGCAUCAUGUGCUCCAAAGAGGACUCCGAGGCUAUCACCAGCAUGUCCUCCAAUGUCAUCCGAACGUUGCUGGUCAAUCCGACGGAAACGAUUCAGAAGCACUACACCUUUCUGCUCAAUCUGGAAGAGGAACUGCUGAAAGUGAUGAUUCCGGGCAAGAAGCUCUCGAAGGUUUUCGAUGUCGGAAUGGAUUAG